UGAAUUGCUUGCUUUAAUUAAUAUAAAUUAGUAUUAGCAGGACGACCUCUGCCUUCUCUCAUUCUCAUUUUCAGCUUUUAUUUAAAUUUUUUUGCUCAGCAACCGAAAAACAGAUUCAGAGACGGACACAGAGCGAAAUUAAAGAGAAAUGGGGAUCGUUUCUCAGGAAGCGAUUAAGCAGUUCCAAACUUUGAUGGAUCAAGUUGAUGAGCCACUCAAGAGAACAUUUCAGAAUGUUCAUCAAGGAUAUCCUCUUGAGACUUUCGGCCGUUUUCUCAAAGCAAGAGAAUGGAAUGUCGCCAAAGCCCAUAAAAUGUUGGUAGAUUGUUUAAACUGGAGGGUACAAAAUGAGAUUGACAAUAUAUUGGCCAAACCGAUUGUUCCAACUGAAUUAUACCGGUCAGUACGAGAUUCACAGCUCAUAGGUCUUUCGGGUUACUCAAGAGAGGGUUUGCCAGUCUUUGCCAUUGGUGUUGGGCUAAGUACAUUUGACAAGGCAUCUGUUCACUACUAUGUGCAGUCACACAUUCAAAUUAAUGAAUAUCGAGAUCGUAUAAUUUUGCCUUCUGCAUCGAGGAAGUAUGGUAAGCCUAUUACCACCUGCGUGAAGGUUUUAGAUAUGACUGGUUUGAAGCUCUCAGCACUAAGCCAAAUUAAGUUAUUGACAAUUAUAUCAACAAUUGAUGAUUUGAACUACCCGGAGAAGACAAAUACAUACUACAUUGUAAAUGCCCCAUAUAUAUUCUCAGCUUGUUGGAAGGUUGUCAAGCCCCUUUUGCAGGAGAGGACAAGGAAAAAAGUGCAGGUGUUGUCUGGUUGUGGUAAGGAUGAACUGUUGAAGAUAAUGGAUUAUGGAUCUCUUCCACAUUUUUGUAAAAGAGAAGGUUCGGGAUCAUCUCGGCAUUCACAGAAUGGAGCUGAAAAUUGCUUCUCCUUGGACCACCACUUUCAUCAACAGCUCUGCAACUACAUCAAGCAGCAAUCUUUGAUCAAGCAACCUGUUCACCCAAUGAAGCAGGGUUCUUUUCAUGUGGAUGUACCUGAGCCAGCUGCAGAAGGAACACAGAUUGCUAAAACGAUAGAAUCUGAGUUUAACAAGUUUGGUAAUGGGAAUGGGCUAUCUGACUCUCUAGAUGACCUCAAAAUCAAUGGUGACUGAAACCACAGAGCUUGGUGCCUUGCAGACUUGCAGUGAUGAAUCUUACGCCUUUGUGCUCAGUCUAAAGCUGCGGGACAAGGAAUCUUUGCGUUACUGGUCCUACCGUUGCAAUCAUACGAUAUGAUUGGUUGUAAUGGUAGUUGCUCGCAUUAUCUACGUGAACUUCACAAGGGAUAUAGCUAAUACAGUGUAUGUAAUAUGACAUAUGGCUGCUGGAUACUCAGUUCAGGCCUGUGCCGUGCGUAGCCUGAUGUGCGUUGUAGUGCAGCAGCAAAUUGUCAUGUCAUCUUUAGUUGCACAGUUCUAAAUCAUAUACUAGUUGCGCAGAUUAACCUAUUUUCACCUUCA